AUGAAACCUCCGUCAUCUCCUUUAUCGCCUUCAUCCAGUCCCUCACCGCCAUCCACAUUCCCGUCUCCUUCAUAUCACGUCCCUUCCACGACCGAACCUUCACUCGUCCCCAGCUUUUCCACACAUCCCAUGACUACCCGUAGUCGGGUUGGGAUCACAAAACCCAAUCCCAGGUAUGCUUUGUCUGUCGUGUCUUCAAUCGUGUCACCAGUUCCCACUUCUCAUUUAGAUGCUAUAUGGGAUCCUAAUUGGAAGAAUGCCAUGCUUAAUGAGUAUAAAACAAUUAUUACUAACGAUCCUUGGGAGUUUGUGCCUCGCCUUUCGGGUGUUAAUGUUAUUCGAUGUAUGUGGGUGUUCACCCAUAAAUUUCAUGCGAAUGGUUCUCUUGAGUGGUAUAAGGCACGUUUGGUUGUAAAUGGCAGAUCUCAACAGGUGGGAGUGGAUUGUUACGAGACUUUUUCACCGGUGGUGAAACCAGCAACGAUCCUUACAGUUCUGACACUGGCUCUUUCUAAAAAAAUGGGAUGUUCGGCAAUUGGACGUGAAAAAUGCUUUCCUUCAUGGGCACCUUAA